AAAACAGUUGGUUUCUCGGAUGCCACGAGACUGUGUCAACUAAAUUGUUGAAAACAAAGUCGGUUUCUGUUGAUCUUCGAUAACCAUUAUGCCGGCAUGCUUACAACUUUGUUACAUAGCUCUUGGAGGUCACUUUUGUUCCUUGGAGUCUCAUAAUGGAUCCUCUCAACCGCUGGAUAUGGUCCAUGGUGGCAGUUUUCAUGGUUUUAGUGGCUAGAACGGGUGCUGAUGUCAUCGAUCUACGAUGGGUCGUUGCUAGUGAUUAUACGCUAUGGACCUCAUCCUUGGCUCAACAGGUUAUAACCAUUAACAAUAUGUUCCCGGGACCUCUUAUCAAUGCCACAACGAAUGAUAUUGUUAAAGUGAACGUCUUCAACAAGUUGGACGAACCUGUUCUUUUCACUUGGAAUGGUAUACAGCAGAGGCUUAACUCGUGGCAAGAUGGAGUUUCGGGGACUAAUUGCGCGAUCCAACCCGGCACCAAUUGGACUUAUGCAUUUGUAGUAAAAGACCAGAUUGGCUCUUUCAGUUAUUUCCCUUCUAUCAACUAUCAAAAGCUUACGGGAGGGUUCGGACCUAUUCGGGUUAACAAUCGUAUCGUCAUCAACGUUCCGUUCCCAAAACCCGAAGCCGAGUUUGAUCUUCUCAUUGGUGACUGGUUUCUUACUGAUUAUAAGGUCGUUAGGCCAGGGCUUGGAGUUUCCGUUGAUGUCCCCGAUAUGAUCUUGAUGAACGGAAAAGCUCCUUAUGGAUACUCGAAGUCAAUAAACCAUGAGUCGUUCAAUGUUACGAAAGGGAAAACGUAUAGGUUUAGAAUAUCGAAUGUCGGAACCACGUUGAGUUUCAACUUCAGGAUUGAGAAACAUAAGAUGGUUUUAGUCGAAACCGAAGGCUCGUACACUAACCAGAUCAUAUUGGACUCGCUCGACGUGCAUGUUGGGCAGUCGUAUUCGGUUCUAGUUACCGCAGAUCAAGACGACACUGAUUACUACAUUGCCGCCACUCCUAAGCUGCUGAAUGCCACUGACGACAGCCCUCUUGUGGCUAAAGGAGUACUGCAUUACGCUAAUUCGGGCUCAUCCGUUGGUGGUUCUCUCCCCAUUGGUCCCGAUCCAUGGGACAUCGAGUUUUCGGUGAACCAAGCAAGAUCGAUCAGAUGGAAUUUGACCGCAGGUGCUGCUCGGCCUAACCCACAAGGUACAUUUAACGUCUCGAAUGUCACCUUAUCAGAGACUAUAAUUCUUCACGGAUCGGAAGCAAACAUUAGUGGCUUGUACCGCUAUGCAGUCAACAAUGUUUCGUAUCUCGUUCCAGAGACGCCGUUGAAACUUGCCGAUUUUUAUGUUAACGGGUCCGGAGUGUAUCAGUUAGGUGAUUUCCCGAUCCGGUCCGUAAAAGAAACCGCGACUCUUGGCGUUUCCGUCGUGGACGCGACUCACAAAGGGUGGCACGAGAUUGUCUUUCAAAAUGAUCAAACAUCAAUGGAUUCUUGGCAUCUAGACGGCUAUGGAUUUUACGUUGUCGGGUUUGGUGACGGAGAAUGGACCACGGGAUCACGAGGUACAUACAACUUGUAUGAUCCGGUGGUCCGCUCCACCAUCCAAGUGUACCCAAAAGGGUGGACCGCGGUCUACGUCUUCCUCGACAACCCGGGAAUGUGGAACUUGAGAUCACAACAUUUGAAAAAUUGGUAUUUAGGUGAAGAACUUUAUAUUCGGGUUCAUGAUGACGAUCCGAACCCCGCCAAAGAAAACGCUCCACCGGAAAACCUCCUCUUAUGCGGAAUGUUUGGUGAGCCGAUAGCACCAAGUAGUGCACCGGAGCCUCAGCCUGGAGGAUGACGAGAAUCGGGGUGGCAGCGGUAGCUGCCAUGGCGGUGGUCGGCGGAGAUCCGACCGUUGGUUACGUUUACAAGUUUAUUUUAUUUUCUA